GUUCGUCGGCAACUUCUUCGUCGGGUCUGCCUCGUUGUCGUUACGAUUUUUGGAGCCUACAGCAGUGGAAGUUGUAAGUAGAUGGCGUACUACCGGGUCGAAAACAACAAAAAAAAGCUUCAAACAGGUAUUUCAGAAGUACGAGCUUACAUGCGUGCGCGUUUUUUGAAGAAAACAAAUUCAUCAGUUUGAAAUCACGUCGAUCGUGGACGCAACUACAAGUACAACAAAGGACGGCACUGGUGGGGUUCUUGAACAAUCUCGUGCUGAUCAUCUAAAACCGCCGGAACAACCCGAGCAGUUUCGUUGUCCCCCCGUUGGCCGCUACUGCACGAUCGAACAUGGGGUACAUCUUCCCCCUGUUGACCUGUGACGAGAUUGUUCAGGUGUUGAAGAACAGCGACAAAUUCCCCGACGUAACCGUCGAUGUGUUGCAAAAGCCGCAGAACUACGUCACGGUGUCUGUCACGGAGCAGUAUUACGAGAACCAAAUCAAUGGGGUCACUGUCGGUACUACCGCCGGAGCAAGUAGUUCCUCCGCGCCGAAUUUCCACCAAACCCCAGCCGGCAUCCUCGACAUUUACAUCGCAUUCUGGGAAUUCUUAACCUCCACCUCCGAUAUUCGGCGCAUGCCAUGGCACGAAUUGCUCACGAACGACAACAGUACAGGGAGUGGCGUUGGCGGUGGGAACGUAACGAAUUUCCCGACUUUGUACGAGGAUGCGACGCGGUUCUUGUGCGUUUUUCGGACUAUCCAGCAUCUGGCAAACAUCGCCGGCAUUGGGGACUUUUCGUUGAAUGAUAUCGUCAAGGUAUAUACAGAUCUUGUUGUCUUCAUGCGUGAUAGAUCAUGAAUUUGAUGCAGCUUAGACAGCCAGUUGUGUAGUUCUAGGUUGAGUCGACAGGAGCUUACUACAGAGUGCGAAAAUAUCCCCCUGAAAAAACUUAUCAGCCCGAGGGCAAGCGUCUGCGGCGGAACCUGUCCGCGCUGAUCAAUUUCUGCCGGUUUCGGGAGGAUGAGUCCCAGAACGAGCAUGAGCAACAACGUGUAGUGGAGGAGCUGGACCUGCGGAUUGCUACAACAUCCGAGGCGAUGCGCAGUUUGAAGGAGAAUAUGCAUUGCAAAAACAUCGUGCUCGUACAAAUGGCAUGACAAAUUUUUCCUGGAAGAAAAACGAAAUUUGCCAUGCAGCUUCAGGUAAGAAAGCAGAUCUGUAAUGCUAGACUCGCAUUUAUACGAGUGCGAUAGUUUUGCAGAGGAUAGAGAACGUGGACCAGCAGGAAGCGGAGCUGGCGCAGGAGAAGGCCGCCGUGGAGCGGUAUUUGAGCGAGGAACGGACCAUCAAGCAGGAGAUGGAACGGCUGAACAUCUUCCAGAUCGAAGCGGCCAUGGAUGAUGGUAUACUUUUUGUCUUCUCGUAGUUCGUUCGUUCGUGAGCACUUUCUCGAGGGAGAGCUUCUUGCAUGUAGCAUAAGAGUUGAUGCUUCAGGUAGUUGAGAACUGGAGGAAAAUGCAGAGAUUGGUAAAUGUACCGCCAUGCACGUAGUUGACGUAGCGAUGAUUCAAAGCGAAACCUGCUUCACACGAACACAGCCAAGCGCGACACCUCUUCUACUAACGAGCGGAUGGAGAACGCCGCGGGGGAAAUUCGGAUGCUGGAGGACGCGAUUACGGCGAUGAAAAAGGGGGUGAUUUCGGAUAUGGACCCGGCUCAACUGGUUUCCGACGUGAAGAAGCUCCGGGAAGCCAGUCAGCGCAAAACGGAGCGGAUCAAGAUCCUGCAGCAAAGUUGCGACAAGCUGGGGGAGGAAACAGCGAAGGUGAGUCCGUACUAUGGUGCCAUUGGUGUGUAAGUGUAUUUUUUGUGUCGUCGCCUGCUGGUGUGAAUGCAUAGUAGUCGUGGUUGAUGCGGAUGUAGCGUCAGCGUACUGUGACGCGAUUUCAUUUUGCUUCAAGUUUGCAUGAUAAAAUGCAGAUGAAACAGGCUCGAAAGUAAAAACGCAAUCGUUUUAUCAGGCGGAAACUGGUACCGCCCGUUGCAACCUGUUUCUCGACCGGGUCCGGGAGCACCAGCAGACGGUUGAGAAGUCGCACAAGCAGGAGCUGGAAUCCGACUCCCUUCAGCAGGAGCUCGAGGAAAAUCGCCAGGAAUACCAAACAUCCGAACGGGAGGAACGCGAAGCGCGGGACAAAAUCGUCACCUUGUCCGCGAAGAUCGAGGAGGUCGCGUUUCAGAAGCAACGGGAGCGGGAGCAGGUCGCCGCGGAAAUGCGGGUUUUGGAGGACCGGAUCCAGGAAGCGCAGCAGGAAUUAGACAAGGAGAAUGCGCAAGUCAGGGAGAACGUCGAAGUCAACGAGGUGGAGAAAGCUCUGGAAAAGUUGCACGACGAGCGGGAAACAUCGAGACUCCAGUGGCAGACCUGGCACGAGAAGCUGGACUUGGCGAUCUUACAGUACGAGCAGGAGUUGUCGCUGGGGAUCGAGGAUGAGGUGCCCGCGAUGAUUCCGGUUGCGUAGAAAACGGAGGACGGACGUUGAUCUUCUGUGCCGAUAGAACAUCAAAUUCUUCUCCAAAAAUCACCUCCAGCCCGUGCUACCUCAAGCGAACGUCUGAUUUCCUGUUAGUUCUUGUUACCCACGACUGCUGAUUCCUUCGACCUGUUUUGAUGUGUCUUCAAUCUGGUCCUCCUCGUCUGCAAAUAAACCCGCAGGGACUAUGAUAGUCUGUUUCCUAUGUAAAAAUGUUGUGCGUGGUGUAGGUACUAACGAGUGAGAAUCUCUCACCGUCUACUUUCUAGGUUUGCGCAGCCUCACCCUGUCUUCCCCUUUUAGUUUCAGGACACGAGAAAAUUCAAAUUUGACCUGUUGCUGCAAGUUAUUCUGCAUUACUCCGUCGUGUCGCCCUACAAUAAUUGCAACCAAAUGAAAUGCACUACCACCGUGACGAGAUUGAUUGAGAAAAGAAAAGAGGAGAAAAGAAUGAAAAUUACGCCCAGCCCAUUG